UGGAGAGGAGGGCCUGCGUGCGUGACAGUGACAGGCUGUCUGCCGCCCUCGCUGCUGGGGUAACUGCUGCCUCACAGUCACAUCCUCCACAAAUCACUAAAGCGGACCCACGGGUUGCAUAUUCAUCUGAGCGCUCACAGCGAGGCUAUCGGGGCAGCGAUGUCGGAGGAAAAUGACGAGACGAAGGCUUCAGACGAACAGCAGGAAAUGGAGGAAACCGUGAUCAGUCCAGAAAAAUCAGAGGAGGCCAAAUUGAAGGCCAGGUAUCCCAACCUUGGAGCCAAACCAGGGGGCUCAGAUUUUCUCAGGAAACGACUUCAGAAAGGAGGGCAAAAAUACUUUGACUCUGGUGAUUACAAUAUGGCCAAGGCAAAAAUGAAGAACAAGCAGCUGCCGUCUGCCCCAGCAGAGAAGACUGAGAUCACAGGGGGGCACAUCCCAACGCCUCAGGAUCUGCCUCACAGAAAGACCAGCAUGGUGACGAGCAAACUUGCUGGUUGAGGGUUUUACUUUCACUGUUUUGCUACCAUUCCAUAUUUCACUUUAUAUCUGCAUGCCGUUUACAUUUCUUCAGGUUUUGCUUUCGGCUUUAAGAACAAAAUUUAUUAAGCCAAAUACGUUCCUGUGUUUAUUACUAAUUGAGGAAUCGAGUAGUUCAUUAAAAUUUCCUACAGGAAAAAUUUCACAAUUCUUCUCUUUUGUCCACGUUAUGUACUUUUCUGAUUGUGUGGUUUUAUUUAAUUGUGUGCUUUAAAGCGAGUGAAAUUUAGCCAGUUGUGUCCACUUCAUGCUCCCCAACAUUGUUUUUUGCGAUGACUUGCUGCUUUGCGCUCCAUCUCAUUCAAAUCUACUGACCUUUAAAGCAGUGAAACCGUUGUUGCUCCUGAGCAAUAUUUGCUCCAUCAGCGAGAAUUUGUGUUGUUGAUUCUUGCCUGAAGUGACUUUCUCUGACUAGAAAUGCUUAACAAUUUUAUGAGAAGAACUUCCCAGAACAUGUUUAUAGUGUGCAAGUGCAUUGGCUGUGCAUAUAAACUGUGCCAUUGGUUUUGUAAAUAAAAUAGUUUUGCAUAAUAUCUUGC